CUCUCCAAGACUCCAGCCUCUCCCCGGACCCGCUGCUCCCCGGCGCCCGGCCUGCGCGGGGCUCCAGAUGUGAGGGGCCGUCAUGAGCCUUUGUUACUUCACUGACUUCUGCAUCUCCCUGCAGCCAACUCACUACUUCAGCUGUCCAGAGGCUUCCAGCCCAGAUUACUUAAGUGAGAGCUUUUUCAUGGUGAAAGGAGCAGCCCUCUUCUUACAGCAGGGAAACAGCCCUCAAGGCCAGCGGAGUCUGCAACACCCCCACAAACAUGCAGGUGACUUGCCCCAACACCUUCAAGUAAUGAUCAACCUCCUGCGUUGUGAAGAUAGAAUCAAGCUGGUCGUGCGCUUGGAGAGUGCCUGGGCCGAGCGGGUCCGGUACAUGGUGGUGGUGGGCAGCAGCGGCCGCCAGGACACAGAAGAGAGCAUCCUGCUGGGGGUGGACUUUUCCAGUAAGGAAAGUAAAAGCUGCACCAUCGGGAUGGUUCUCCGACUCUGGAGCGACACCAAGAUCCACCUCGAUGGAGACGGUGGUUUCAGCGUCAGCACAGCAGGAAGGAUGCAUGUCUUUAAGCCUGUGUCCGUCCAGGCCAUGUGGUCUGCCCUGCAGGUCCUCCACAAGGCCUGUGACGUGGCUCGGCGGCACAACUACUUCCCCGGGGGCGUGGCACUCAUCUGGGCCACCUACUACGAGAGCUGCAUCAGCUCGGAGCAGAGCUGCCUCAACGAGUGGAACGCCAUGCAGGACCUGGAGUCCGCGCGGCCCGACUCCCCAGCCCUGUUUGUGGACAAGCCGACUGAAGGGGAGAGGACCGAGCGCCUCAUCAAAGCCAAACUCCGGAGCAUCAUGAUGAGCCAGGACCUAGAAAACGUGACCUCCAAAGAGAUCCGUAAUGAAUUAGAAAAGCAGAUGAACUGUAACUUGAAAGAAUUCAAGGAAUUCAUCGACAACGAGAUGCUGCUUAUCUUAGGGCAGAUGGACAAGCCCUCCCUUAUCUUCGAUCACCUUUAUCUUGGCUCUGAAUGGAAUGCAUCCAACCUGGAGGAGCUGCAGGGCUCAGGUGUUGACUACAUUUUAAAUGUCACUAGAGAAAUAGACAAUUUUUUUCCUGGCCUAUUUGCAUAUCAUAACAUCCGUGUCUAUGAUGAAGAAACAACAGACCUCCUGGCCCACUGGAACGAGGCGUACCACUUCAUAAACAAAGCCAAGAGGAACCGUUCCAAGUGUCUGGUGCAUUGCAAAAUGGGCGUCAGUCGGUCGGCCUCCACGGUCAUAGCCUACGCCAUGAAGGAGUUCGGCUGGCCGCUGGAGAAGGCGUACGACUACGUGAAGCAGCGGCGGAGCAUCACACGGCCCAACGCAGGCUUCAUGCGGCAGCUGUCCGAGUAUGAAGGCAUCUUGGACGCCAGCAAACAGCGGCACAACAAGCUGUGGCGCCAACAGGCCGAGAGCUGCCUCCAGCAGCCGGCGGGUGACCCCGCAGGACCCGGGGACUCCUUGCCAGAGACGCUGGACAGCACCCCCGAAACUCGGCUGCCCUGCGCGAGCGAUCCCACCCAGCCGGCAUUCCCCGGCAGGGCUGCAGGCAGCCCCGGGCUCCCCUGCUGCUCCCGGCGACUCUCAGACCCCUUCCUGCCUUCGCCCGGCGACGAGGCUGGCGGCCUGGGCCAGCCGGGGGAGCUGGAGCGCGACGCCCUGCUGGAGGAAGCCGCUGCGCCUGCGCAAGACCACAGGCCAGCCAGACAGCCCCAGGACGGUCCUGCCCUCUGCGAGAAGGAGGUGAAGAAGAGACUGGAGUUCGGCAGCCCCGCGGCCCGGGGCGGCUCCCUGCCGCAGGACAGAGAAAGGGAGGAGGCCCCCGGAGCAGAGCGCGGGGCGCGGCCUCCAGCCCAGCCCCAGCAGGCCCCCCUCAACAGGGAAAACCUCAAUAACAACAACAGCAAGAGGAGCUGUCCGGAAGACUUCGAGCGUGAUGCUCUCUUCGGGAUCCUGAACAAAGUGAAGCCGCCCUACAAAUCCUGCGCCGACUGCGUGUACCCUGCAGCGGGUGGGGCACCUGAGUGCCCGGCGGGGCGGAGCCAGGACCCCGGCGCUCCUGCCAUCUGCACCCAGCCCAGCUUCCUGCCCCACCUCACCUCUUCCCCCGCGGCCCACGCGUCCAGCCGGUCCCGAGCUUUGGAGAAACUGACCUUGGGCCCCGCCGACACUGCCCUGUCCCUACCACCAGCAGGCUCCAGGGGAACAGACCCCGGGGGCUCUGGGGCCGGGGCUGCCCCCGGGCUGCCAGCCGGCCUUUCGGAAUCUUCCAGAGAGACCCCAAAAGUUGCCCUGCCAAAGCCGCUCCUUUUGAAGAAUUCUCACUGUGAUAAGAACCCUCCCAGCAUGGAGGUAGUGAAGGAAGAAUCACCACCCAGGAAAGACCCGAAGCCAGCCAAGGACCUCCGGCUGCUGUUCAGCAAAGAGUCGGAGAAGCCCACAGCCAGCAGCUACUUGAUGCAGCACCAGGAGUCCAUCAUUCAGCUGCAGAAGGCAGGCUUGGUCCGCAAGCACACCAAAGAGCUCGAGAGGCUGAAGGGCGCGCCCACAGACCCAGCGCCUCCGUGCAGGGAUGAUGCCGGCAGGCUGGGGGCCAGCGUCCCCGAGGAGGACCAGGACCCGGCUCGGCCCGGCCAGGCCCGGGCCGACGGGAAGGCGGCGGCCACCCCUGCCCCGUGGGAAGGAGCCCCGCUCAGGAGCCCCCCUGCCUUCCUCUGCCGCCUGGACCACACCACUCAUUUCUCGAAAGACUUUCUGAAGACCAUCUGCUACACCCCCACCUCGUCCUCCAUGAGCUCCAACCUGACCCGCAGCUCCAGCAGCGACAGCAUCCACAGCGUCCGCGGGAAGCCCGGGCUGGUGAAGCAGCGCACGCAGGAGAUCGAGACCCGCCUGCGGCUGGCCGGCCUCACCAUCUCGUCCCCGCUGAAACGCUCGCACUCUCUCGCCAAGCUCGGAAGCCUCGACUUCUCCACAGAAGACCUGGCCAGUGAGGCCGACGUGUCCACCAUUGCCAACUCCCAGGACGCCAGGACAGGCGAGUCUUCCUUCUUGCAGGAGCACCAGGCCACCCCGAAAACCCCAGCCGCCACCUCUCAACCAUCAGGGAAAACUGCCCCAGAAAACUUGAAAAGCCCCUUGUGGACGAGCAAGAGCUGACCCGCCUCCCGCCGCUGCGUUUGGGCUUCCUGUUCCCCGGACCCCGCUCCCCACCCCCGUGGCUCCCGGUUGGCCCCUCGUUACACCGGUGACUCUAAGGCGUCCUCCUGACUGUCCCCCUGCUUGCCAUCGAGAGGAGAGGCACACUGGGCACAGCAGGACGAGGAGGGGCUGCGGCUGUGUGGCCGCGAGAUCCUGAAGCCGUCGGCCAGGAGACCCCGCUCCGUCCCCCGCCGUGUGGUCCAGGAGCAUCACGUCUGAAGAUGAGCGAGGCGGAAGGGCACACGCGCACAACUGCUCCAGCUGCUGCCAGCACAACAGCGGGGGUGGCGCCCCACAGGCCCCUCCGCUCACCCCACCCCACGAGGAAACGCGUGAAGGGCGGUGGAAGUCCUACCUCUUCCUGCUGUGCAUUUUUUUUUUUUAAUACAGUCAUGACCAAGGCUCAUUGCAGGGAAUCAAGCUGUGUCAGAGAAGGGUUCUCCAGAAGAAUUGUUUGGCUUGGGCUGGGACCCCACAGGUCAAGGACUUCGAAGCCAGCUACACCGAGCGCCGCUGGGAACCCUCCACCAGGGUGGCGGGCGCCGCCCAGGCCCCUCUGUGUGCCCAGACCCGGUCUCUGUCUUGCCGUAGCCACCGAGCGGCCUGUGUCCCCGCAGCAUGGGGCGGGGGUCUGCGGGACGAGGGUCCCGGUUUUGCUGAUGAGGUUUGUGUUGCCCGUAACCCCACCAAGCCUCAUCGCUGCGGAUGUGCGUGGCACCGAGCACUGGAGGUCUGGCGGGGGCCGGCGGUGACCCCGCACUCAGGUUCCUUAGCUCCCGUCCACUUGUAACUGGGGAGGAAAAGCAGCUUUCAGCAGAGCGCUCUUGCCGGCCUCUCCGAGGGCAGCAAGACUGUUGAUAAGCCUCACAGAUGUUUACAGUCGCCCCUUCCUCCGCCAGAAAGGCCGCCUCCUGUUUCUCUCUGGCUCCCCAGCGCCUUGGUGGGCAGAGGCGGAGGUGGGUCUCAGCCCCAGCCGGGCCCCGGGGCAGCCGCGCCGGAAUCCAGAAGCCCUGUUGCCCUGUUGCCCUGGCCCCGGUGGAGGGACUCGCCUGGUGUCCGGCAGCCAGAAAGUGUGAAAAUACUUCGAAGCAAGAGAAGAGGCUCAGUAGAGGCAGACGGGCUAACUCAGGGUUAGGGAGCGACAGUGGAUGGCCCCGUGACCUAGAUUUUUUUUAAUGAGUAAUUUGUAAGGGUUAUUUUUAAAAAAUCCUCAGACGCUAUAGAAAAAGCCUGCUGACGCCUGGCCCUCGUGGCAGCGCAGACAGCCCAGUGGGCACCAGCAAGCCCUUCCGCCUCCCACCCAGGCUUGCGGGCCCAGCCCCGCGGGCCCGUGCG